AUGUCGUGGUUUAGAGCCGGGUCUAAUUUGUCUAAGCUUGCUCUUAGACGAACUCUCUUACAGAAUAGAUCUAAUGUCGGGCAAGCGCGAGUGGCUUCUGCACAGAGUAGAUACUUUCACACCACUGUUUUCAGGUCAAAAGCUCAAUCGGCCUCCGUUCCGCAUCCGGUUCCACUCUCCAGGCUGACUGACAGUUUCUUAGAUGGAACAAGCAGCGUAUAUCUUGAGGAGCUACAGAGAGCCUGGGAGCAAGAUCCCAAUAGUGUGGAUGAAUCAUGGGACAAUUUUUUCAGAAACUUUGUUGGCCAGGCAACCACAUCUCCCGGUAUUUCUGGUCAAACAAUUCAAGAGAGCAUGCGUCUUUUGUUGCUUGUGAGAGCUUAUCAGGUUUAUGGCCACAUGAAGGCCACGAUAGAUCCUCUAGGUCUGGAGAAGAGGUCCAUUCCUGAUGAUCUGGAUCCAGCACUUUAUGGAUUUUCGGAAGCUGACCUUGAUAGGGAGUUCUUUGUCGGUGUUUGGAGAAUGGCUGGGUUCCUGUCUGAAAACCGUCCAGUGCAGACCUUGAGGGCAAUAUUGACGAGACUGGAACAAGCUUACUGUGGAAAUAUUGGCUAUGAGUACAUGCAUAUUGCUGAUCGCGAAAAGUGUAACUGGUUGAGAGAUAAAAUUGAGACUCCUACACCGACUCAAUACAAUCGAGAGAGGCGUGAGGUGAUCCUUGACCGGCUUAUUUGGAGCACCCAAUUUGAGAACUUCUUGGCAGCCAAGUGGACUGCAGCUAAAAGGUUUGGGCUGGAAGGUUGCGAGACAUUGAUUCCUGGAAUGAAGGAGAUGUUUGACAGGUCAGCUGAUCUUGGGGUCGAGAGCAUUGUCAUUGGGAUGUCGCACAGAGGUAGGCUGAAUGUUCUUGGUAAUGUUGUCCGGAAGCCUCUGAGGCAGAUCUUCAGUGAGUUCAGUGGUGGUACAAAACCUGUGGAUGAAGUCGGCCUUUACACUGGAACUGGUGAUGUCAAGUAUCAUCUGGGAACUUCUUACGAUAGACCGACGAGGGGAGGUAAGAGAAUACACUUGUCCUUGGUUGCAAAUCCCAGCCACUUGGAAGCAGUGGACCCCGUUGUUGUUGGAAAAACUAGAGCAAAACAGUAUUAUUCUAAUGACACCGACCGGACAAAAAACAUGGGUAUUUUGAUUCAUGGUGAUGGUAGUUUUGCCGGUCAAGGUGUUGUCUACGAGACCUUGCAUCUUAGUGCUCUGCCAAAUUACACUACUGGUGGGACCAUUCACAUUGUUGUGAACAAUCAAGUGGCUUUCACCACUGACCCACAAUCAGGAAGGUCUUCUCAGUAUUGUACUGAUGUUGCCAAAGCUCUGAGUGCCCCUAUUUUCCACGUGAAUGGUGAUGAUGUGGAGGCUGUUGUUCAUGCCUGUGAACUCGCUGCUGAGUGGCGUCAGACGUUCCAUACUGAUGUUGUGGUCGAUAUCGUAUGCUAUCGUCGUUUUGGGCACAAUGAGAUUGACGAGCCAUCCUUCACGCAACCGAAAAUGUAUAAGGUUAUAAGGAAUCAUCCUUCAGCACUUGAGAUUUACCAGAAGAAACUUCUAGAGUCUGGUCAGGUGUCAAAGGAAGACAUUGAUCGGAUAAAUAGCAAAGUCACUAAAAUACUAAAUGAGGAGUUUGUGGCUAGCAAAGACCAUGUAACUCAAAGAAGGGACUGGCUCUCAGCCUACUGGGCUGGUUUCAAGUCUCCUGAACAGCUUUCACGUAUCCGUAAUACUGGGGUGAAACCAGAAAUACUGAAGAAUGUCGGCAAGGCCAUCACAAGUCUUCCAGAAAAUUUCAAACCUCAUAGAGCAGUAAAGAGGAUUUUUGAAGACCGAUCAAAAAUGAUUGAGACUGGGGAAGGUAUUGACUGGGCAGUCGGUGAAGCCCUUGCUUUCGCUACAUUGCUUGUGGAGGGAAAUCAUGUCAGGUUGAGUGGGCAGGAUGUUGAGCGAGGUACUUUCAGCCAUAGACAUUCUGUUAUUCAUGAUCAGGAAACUGGGGAAAGAUACUGCCCUUUAGAUCACGUUAUGAUGAACCAAGACGAAGAGAUGUUUACUGUGAGCAACAGUUCUCUGUCAGAGUUUGGAGUAUUGGGAUUUGAAUUAGGUUAUUCAAUGGAAAACCCCAAUUCUCUGGUACUGUGGGAAGCCCAAUUUGGCGAUUUUUCCAAUGGAGCUCAGGUGAUGUUUGACCAAUUCCUCAGCAGUGGAGAGGCCAAAUGGUUGCGUCAAACUGGCUUAGUAGUCCUUCUGCCUCAUGGAUACGAUGGGCAAGGUCCAGAGCACUCAAGUGCUCGUUUGGAGCGCUUUCUUCAGAUGAGUGAUGAUAAUCCCUAUGUUAUCCCUGAGAUGGACCCAACCCUCAGGAAACAGAUUCAGGAAUGCAACUGGCAGGUGGUUAAUGUUACUACGCCAGCAAAUUACUUCCAUGUUUUACGGCGCCAGAUACACAGGGAAUUCCGUAAACCUCUGAUUGUGAUGUCGCCAAAGAAUUUACUCCGCCAUAAGGAUUGCAAAUCUAAUUUGUCCGAGUUCGAUGAUGUUGAAGGCCACCCAGGUUUCGACAAACAAGGAACCAGGUUUAAACGCCUGAUAAAGGACCAAAAUUACCACUCAGAUCUUGAAGAGGGUAUCAGACGUCUGAUUCUUUGCUCUGGAAAGGUUUAUUAUGAGCUUGACGAAGAGCGGAAAAAGAUUGGCGGAAAGGACAUUGCAAUUUGUAGGGUGGAACAGCUUUGUCCCUUCCCCUAUGACCUCGCCCAACGUGAACUGAAGAGAUAUCCAAAUGCGGAGAUUGUGUGGUGCCAGGAAGAGCCAAUGAACAUGGGUGCAUACAGCUACAUUGUGCCUCGUCUUGGAACUGCCAUGGAAGCUCUGGAUAGAGGCACUGUGGAUGAAGUCAAGUACGUGGGCCGCGGCCCAUCUGCAGCCACCGCUACUGGAUUUUACCAAGGUGCAUCUCUUUUAUGCGCAUCUGUACCGAUAAGAGCCACAGUGGGUUCCAGGACUGCAGUGCUUGCUCAGAUUGCUCAGGAGGCUUAUUUGAGUUCUGAUUCAUUUCCAUUAGCUAUGGAGCAGGAAGUUCUUGAUAAACUGCGAAAGUUUGAGCUAUCGGACAAAGAAAGGCUAGGGGUCGAGAUAGCCAACAUCGAUAUUGAGCCUGGGAUACAAGAGUGCUCGCUCAGUUUAAUUGGCAAGAUUAUUGGUGAAAAAAGGGCGAGCAUCGGGGGUCUGCGUUCAACCAUGGCUAUUGUGUGGAAAACAACUCAACAGUUCUCAAUCAAAAUCUUGGGUCCCAAUCUAUUUCAAUUUCUUUUCCAAAGCGAGGAGGAAAAAUCAAGAGUUCAGAAGGACAAGGCAUGGACGUUCGAUGGGCAAUAUCUGCUCCUCAAGGAAUGGAAGAAAGGGGAAAUAGAAUUUAAAGAUGAAGAACUGACGGCCGAUCUAUGGGUGCAAAUUCACAACUUGCCCCUACACUGGCUAUCUGCAGAAACAGGUAUGAAAGUGGGCAGGAUGUUUGAUGAUGUUAUAGAUGUGGUGGCUCCAGGAGCAGGAUCCAAUAAUGGGCGUAUCAUAAAGAUCCUAGCGGCAGUUAGAGUAUCUGAACCCUUGCCAAGAGGCACUAGGAUUAAGUUAGGUCAGGAAGAGCAUUGGAUAGAGUUUAAGUAUGAGAACUUACUGGGUUUUUGCUUUUACUGUGGCAUAAUUGGGCAUAAUGAAAGGCAGUGUGAAGUCAAAAAAGAGGAUGUCAGAAGGAAGGUUAUUAAAACUGGGCAGUAUGGGGAUUGGCUGAGAGCUAUGGGGGGAGGUAUGGGGGAUGGGAGAGAGAAGAAACCUUCUAGCUCUAGUAUUCCUACCCCCUUGUCUAGUAACAACUAA